UCUGCAUGGCCGCAGAGAGAGAGAGACUCUGCUGGUCAUUAGAGCAGCUACUGCUUCACUCAUGAGAACGCGCUGCUGACGACGCAUCCCAGGCAGAAGGAGGCUGCAUCAGUCCAGAGAUGGGUUUCGGCGAGGAUCUCCGGUGUCCACAGGCGCACGCGGCCGUCAUGAGGCUGCUGGACUCCGAGCUUCACCUGAUGGAGAUCAUGAAGAAGUGGAUGGGUCAGCGGGCGAAGAGCGAACGGGAGUUCUCAGUGCAACUCCACCAAAUGACUGCCAUGGCCGAGAAGAUGGACCGGCCUCAGACCAAUCCGGGAGCGGAUUACAUCAGUCAGCUCAACAAGUCGUGGGGAGUGCUGGUUUCGCAGACGGAGUCCCUCAGCCAGGUGAUGAGGAGGCGCUCCGAGGAGCUCCUGGACGGGCCCAUCAGCAAACUGACUCUGCUCAUCAGAGACAAACAGCAGCUACGCAAAACCUACGCAGAGCACUGGAGCCUUCUGCGACAGGAGCUCAACAAGGUGACCCACACAGAGCUGGAGAGGCUGAAGACCAGCUACAGGCAGGCGGUUAAAGACGCAGCUCUGGCAAGGAGGAAGUACCAGGACAUGAGCAAAGAUAAGGAGCGAGAAAAGAACAGGGAGCGCUAUAUAAAGGCUUCCCUUAAGCUGCACGAGCUCCACAAUGAGUAUGUGCUGUCGGUGCAAGCGGCUCAGGUUUACCAUCAGCACCACUACAGCCAGAUGCAGCCGGCUCUGCUCAGCGCGCUGCAGACGCUGCAGCAGGAGAUGGUGCUCAUCCUGUAAGACUGCAUUCAACACAGUCUGCAUGGGCGUGUGUGUAUGUGCGUGCGUGCACAUGUGUGUGUGUGAGAAGCUUAAAGAAAAU